AUGCCUUACUCGUCGGAAUCUGCCAGGUGGAAAGCUUACCAGUUUCUGGACCCAUUUGCCGCCAACUCGUUUUUGGUGUGCAACAGGCUGAACAAGCGGUUUUGUCGCCCCGACUGCGACGCCUACCCAGUGUCUGAGUGCCAGACUGAAAUUGAGUUUGUCAAUACCUGCCAGGAAGCAAUGGACUUGGGCUACGUUCCUUGUGAAAGCUGCGACCCUACCCUGACUCCUCACAUUGACGUGAACCUCUUGAUCCAGACCGUGAGAGAUGUGAAUGCCCUGAUUGGCUUUAUGUUGCCCUCCUUGGACGACAAGGACGACAAGGAGCUUGUGAGAAGACAGAGCACCGCUGCUGGAGCUGUUUCGAGCGGCGGCCCCUCGUCAUCGGCGUCGGCGUCGGCGUCGGUUUCGAAAAACAACUCGGAACACUACAGGUUGGUGGAUUUGGCUUGUCGGCAUUUGGCUCUCGCCGCGGCCGUCUCCAUCAUGAACCCCCUGCUGCCUUCCAAUCCCAAUUCUCCUUCCUCAGACGAUGGCUCCAGCGACUCUGCUGGCAAGAAGAAGAGAAAGAGGAGAGGCGGCGUGCUAGGCUUCAAGGAGCUUGCCGCCAAGCUGAAGCUCUCGGCGUGGCACUUUCACCGUGUGUUCAAGUCUGUCACCGGCAUGACCCCGAAAACGUAUGGUGACAUGUGCUGGGAGUACUUGCACGACGAGAAGGCAGGCUCCGACUUGACUUCGUCUGCGUCCAGCACCAAUCUCCUGCUCAAAGACACCGAACUGUCGGUUUCGUCUCUUCACCUGCCAGUGUCUUCGCGCAAGAGGUCCCACGACCAGAUCAAGGAGGAAACUCCCGAGUCGGCGCUUUCGCCCAAGAAGCAUGCUCCCAACCAUUUCCAGACCCCUCACAUGCCGCCAGCAAUGGUCAAUCCGGCCUUCACGCUCGACGAUUCCACUGCUGCCGGUUUUGGGGCCUCCAGAGCCUUCUCUGAUACCGACUUGAACAUGGCCGCUCAAAUGCCUUCGAAGACUCAGCCGGACGUACUUGCAGCCGGUCCCACAGGCGGCCUCGAGAAGCCUUACUCGCUUUUUUCACACCUGAAAUCGAUAUUUGGCGACGAGGACUCUUCGUUGGCCAUGUCCCACAUGCCUCAGGUGCCAGAGCAGAGUCCUAUUGGUUCUUUGAGCUACAACUACGAGGUUGGCCCAGCAGACACUGUGGCUCCUCAAGACUACCAAGAAAUGCCCUUUGCCGACAUGGCUGACUUUGUCAACGGCCCCUCCUCCGGCGGCUACAGUGCUGAUGUGUUUUCCGGUGCGGGCACCGAUUUGACGGGCGGCUUGGACGAGGACUUUUUGAAGAUGGAGCCAGACGCCUCAGACAUUAACGAUGCGCUCAACUUGGGUCUUUCAUCGGAGUUGUUGACCACCAACGUGGGCUUGUAA